AUGACCCGGAAAUCUUGCCAACAACGAAAACUUCUCGUCAUUGCAGUAUGCCCAUUCGCUGCACAACCACUUAUGCUUGGCAAAGAAUUCGCGUUCUGUCGCCACUCUUCUAUUGAUGAUUGCCCUGUCGGUUACCUAUGCCAACAGUCUUUUGUAUUAGGCAAAUCCAUUUGUUGCCUAGAUAACCGCCUCAGACCGGUGACAAAUCGUCCUGUCACAGCUCACCCACCGCUCAGCUGGAAUACUAUCACACCAACUCCAACACCGAAUUGGAUAGGUACGCACACUACAGCAAAGAAAGCUCCGUGGUACAUCAAAAAUAAAAGUACUUGGCCAAGUGUGGCUAACAGAAUGACACCAGAAACCACAGUCUCUAUCUCCGAUGCCAAUGCGAGUGCAACGGAAGCUCCAGCCUCUACAUCCACAACAAACAUGCCAACAACAGCAUCUAUGGCGAAUACUACUAUGAAAGUGUCGACUCUAUGGGCCCGAGUAUGGACAACAACAAUGGCUCCAGUGAAAUCUGUAGCAGUUAGCGUCUUGCAAGCUGGUAGCAUUCGAACGCUUCGUGAUGGUCAGUCUGAAGCUGUUGGCGCUAUUACGCUCAUCAACGACAACGGAUUCUACGUGCUUGUCAAUACUGGCGCCUCAAGUGACACUGAACGGUUGCUUCACGGUAGGUUCAGCCAAAAUAUACUGAUCAUCAAAUUGUAUUAUCUACACCUCUUUGAUGGAAGUGUAGAAAUAGUAAGGUGA